AUGCACAGCGUACGGGUACGGUUGAGAGUCGAGGACGACGGGUGCAAAAGCGAGAGCACAAGUGAGUCAAGCGACGACGAAUACGAGGAUGGGGAGAAAUCCGGCUCACCUGACGGGUCUUUAUAUGUUUUUGUGUUCUGGCAGCGAGCUAGUCUGAAUGAUGCUUGUGCUGAGUCUCCGAUGCAGUUGACGAAAAGAAACGCGCCAGAUUCAAUUUCAGAUCCAAGAUUGUUCAUACACGGGCGAGCUCCCCGGGGUCCCAAGGGUUGCCGGCCCCCGGAUAGCUCGAAAGGCCUCCGACCGGAUGUUUCCCGGCUCUUGGCCCGACACGGAAGUUGUCGUGUCGCAAAUGAAUCCGUCCAUUCUGUAUGCGGGGAAACGCUGCGAAGCUCGGGUGUCGACGCGGUCUUACGGCUCGCUUUCAUGCAUGCAAGAUUCCGCAUCGCAUCGCACUCCCGCCUUACUUCUCGACCAUAA